AUGACCAGAGACUUGUACAAUUACGAUCCUUCAAAUAUCGGUUCUGGAGUAUUUGCUGCUCUUUUUGGCUUGGCCACCUUAGUGACAGUAAUCCAAUUCAUCCGUAUUUACACAAAGAGAACGGACCGAAGAGUAUGGAUCAAUCUCCCUUUCAUCAUAGGUGGGUUGUUGGAAUUCAUUGGAUAUGUUUCCAGAAUUAUCUCUUCCAAUAACCCUGACUCACUCGGUGCAUACGUUGGUCUGUCUGCUUGUCUUUUAGUAUCGCCCGCCUUGUUCGCUGCGUCUAUCUACAUGGCACUCGGAAGAGUCAUUAUGGUCGUGGAUGCUGAAGAAUACUCGUUCAUUAGAAUAGGUUUUCUCACCAAAAUUUUUGUGUUCGGAGACGUACUUUCGUUUCUCAUGCAAGCUUCGGGUAGUGGCUUGAUGGCGAAGCAAGAAGAUGGCUCAGGCGGGCUCGGAAAGACCAUCGUGAUUAUUGGUUUAUGUGUUCAGAUUCUCUUUUUCUCAUGCUUCAUGAUAGUUACUGCAUGCUUUCAGUACCGUAUUAGACAGACCCCGACCAUAAAAGGAAUGUGCUACAGAUACUUGCCCUCCAAGAGCAGAAACUGGCAGAUGGUGAUUGUCACGCUAUUUGCCUGUUCAAUUCUAAUCUUGAUUCGUUGUGUUGUUAGAACCAUUGAGUUCACUCAAGGUUGGGAAGGAAAUAUUCGGUCUCACGAGGUGUAUUUGUUCGUUUUCGACGGAGGGUUGAUGUUUAUGACAAUGGUCAUUUACGCCAGUCAGGAUCUUGGAGCCUUCUUCCAUUUCUUCUACCAAGAGCUGAUUUCGCCAAGAGUAAUGGGAAAAGAAGGCCGUGAACUUAUCUAG